AUGAGCGGAGCUGUGGUGCCUCCUGGAAGCUCCUUUGUCGCUCUCGGCGGUGGAGGCAGCGCUACACCCACGCCGACUCCUUCGAGAAGAGGUGUUGCCAGUAGCCAAGGUGAUGCAAGGAGUACUUCAGACGAAGAGUCGGACGAAUACACGGAUGAUGAUGAGUCCGAGAGUGGUACAGAAGACUCCGAGGUACCGUCUGGCGUCUUGGCCCGUGGAGUCACCACACCCGGUCAAGAUGACUUCAUCAACCAAGACGAGGAGGAUGUGCUUACCGAGGAGCAACGGUUGAUCGCUCAGGGCGGUAUGGGAAUCCCGACGGAUGAGAAUGGCAACCCAAGGCCGCUGCUAGAACCCCUUGCUGAGAGGGACGCUGGAAGGAAGUGUCUCGUGCUGGAUCUGGACGAGACGCUGGUGCACAGUAGCUUCAAGAUGAUCAACAAUGCCGACUUCAUUGUGCCGGUGGAAAUUGAAGGCACAGUGCACAACGUCUACGUCAUCAAGCGUCCCGGUGUCGACGAAUUCAUGCGCAAGAUGGGCCUCAUCUACGAAGUCGUCGUCUUCACUGCGUCUCUCUCCAAGUACGCUGAUCCAGUGCUGGAUAUACUAGACAUCCACCAAGUGGUGCGGCACAGGCUCUUCCGAGAGAGUUGCUACAAUCAUCGAGGCAAUUACGUCAAGGACCUGAGCCAAAUCGGCCGACCAAUCGAGGAGAGCAUCAUCAUCGACAAUUCUCCUGCGUCGUACAUCUUCCAUCCGAACAAUGCGGUGCCGAUCAGCAGCUGGUUCAAUGACCCGCACGACACGGAGCUGACGGACUUGUGUCCCUUCUUGGCGGACCUGAGCGAGGUCGUCGAUGUGCGGUCUGUGCUGGAUGGCGGGAUGACGUUGGUGUGA